AUGGCUGAUUCCCCCAGCCCGUUGCCCCUGCCAGACACACCUGGCGACGUGCCAGGUCUUACGUAUGUCCCGUACUAUCUGGACCCUUCACCGCGGUUGCAGUCACGUAGCCACAUCAUCCAACCCUCAGAUCACGAAGCAUCAGAUUCACCCGACUCGACGACCACCGGAUUACAGAAGUCCAUUAUCAGCCGGCCUAUACAGACGGCUGCGGAGGAUCUUCCGCAGGCGCGAGUACUAGCAGCCAUCGACCGCUGGUAUGAUCAGUUCCUCGAAUUCUCCACGAGUGACAAGUGGAGCUUGAGCAAAUGCUCUAUGCUUGACCUCACAGAUACUGUUCAGAAAGGCUUCUACUAUAUGGACACAAGGGUUUUCCGCGAAGGAUUCAGUGUCCUACGUCACGUCGGUGACCUUGCGCCUAAGGCGCUUUGCUCUGAGCAUCCUGCGGCCUUUAUCUACGCGCUUAGGGGACUAGGUGCUACACGACAGAAGGCAAGUCGGUCUAGCAACGUGGACCCUGAGUCCAACGCAUGGAGACCGAACAUCUUACAGGUCGGACAGCCGCGGGUCCUCGAAUGCAAUGGCUGCGAUGAUCCUAUCGUAGAGGCGCAUCAUCACUGCACAAUCUGCUACGGGGGCUACUAUGACCUCUGCGCCGACUGCGUGGUAGCAGGCAAACAUUGCUUGAACAACGAUCAUUGGUUGAUCAAACGCAUCAUCGAUGACCAAGGUGUCGUCGUGGAGUCCGCAAGUGAGAUGCUUCCGCCGCGCUUUAUGAGGGACGAUGCUCACGCGAGACUGGUCACGCCAUCUCUUCAUCGAAGGCCCGUCUUGAAACCACGGUUACUGCGUGUUGAUGAGCCUAUGACAAGAUCUGCGGCUUUCCCGAAGGUGUGCUUCUAUCUUUUGCAGCAAGCACGAGAACUCCGCGGGCUCAAUCAUCCUCUCUCGCUACUUCUUGAAAUCUUCCAGCGCCCUGCCGACCUCGAAACUCUUCGAGGUCACAUACUCGCGAUCAUGGACGUACAGCUCGCCGCCCGGAUCAGUUCAGCUGGUGCCGCUUCUCAGAUAUUACAUCUUGAGGCUGCUCGCGAGUGGGUGUUAUACCAGCAAGGCAAACAUCAAGAGCUGGAAACUUGGGUCAACUCAUAUCUCUUGAAGGAAAUCACUCCCCAAAACGGGAGGAGAGCUCAUGGCAUUGCUGGCUGCAGCUAA